GCAACCGGGUAACAACAUGAUUCUAGAGGACACGAUCAAGUUCCGCAAGUGUGCCAAAACGCCCGAAGAUGUGGCUCAAUGGCGUUUGACCUACAAUUUUAUAGUGGAAACGAAAUAUUUUCUCGAGCGGUACGAUAGCAUCGUAGAAACAUGGGAUCUGUGCGACAAACAGUUCAUGAUGAACAUGUGGAACAUCGAGGAGCUUUUGACAAGCUUAUUGUACAAGUAUACCACCGUUUCAACGGAUUACAUCAAACACCCGCGAUUACCAAAGGUGGAAAUAAAGUGUUGUGAUCAUCUGUUCGAAUGCUCAAAGGAUCUCCACAAGCAUUACUACACCGUACAUCAUACGCCGGGCCGAGUGAACGAUGUUCGGUUUUGUGAGGUGAGUAAACUGAUGAUUGACUGUCGUGUUGUAUGUUGGAUGAUCGAUGAAAACAAACUUAUUCUACUACAGAUGAAGGCGGGUUUGCUAAAACUAGAGCUAUAUAAGAAUAGUUUGAAAUAUUACCUGGAGUUUGGAAAGUGGUGCGAUCAUGUGCUGUGUUUGUAUCUGAAGAAAAUCUACAGGAAAGUGAAUGUUACACUUGAUCCGUUUAGAGAUGCACCACCUCCUGCUCCACCGGUGCAACCUAAGGAACAGGAUCUGGAGCUGGAAAUGGAACUGGAAUCGGAGGAAGAUGUAGCGUAAUCGAAUAAUAAAACUGAACCACA